GGCGAAAAUGUAUAAAACUGGUUACGAUCUUUUACCGGAUUGGUUAAUUUAAAAAUUUUAAAAAUUAUUCGGAGAAUGGCGCACAACAAAAUUGAAGAAGCUUUGAGAAGAAUCCAGUCACAGAAAGGUGUUACAAUUAAAACAAAUAUGGACAAUGAAACAGCUAUUCGUUAUGCUGGAUUAACAACCCAAAUGAUUGAAAAGUCAAGAAACGUCAUCCGACAAAUCGACAUUUCUAAUGAUCUUACGUUCAUUAGAAUUCAUUCUAAAAGAGAUGAAAUAAUGAUAGCUCCUGAUAAAAAUUACAUCAUAACUGCAAUCCAGAAAGUAGAUGCUUGAAACUGUUGAUAAAUAUUUAAAAUAUAUUUGGCAUUUUUUUCUCUGUAUGAAUAAUUCAAUUAUUAUUUAUAGAUUAAAAUGGUAAAUAAUUUAAGUUUGGUUAUUUAACUAAUUAAAUGCAUUUGUGAUUCAAGUUAUUCAAGUUAACAUACAUUUUUAAUGUUAUGUGAAGCUCUUAAAUCAGAAGUGCACAACUCACAAAUUCCUUCAAUGUUGUCUUGAGGGUCACAAAAGAAGUUUGAUCUUCAAUUGCACAGCUAUAAUUUCUCAGAGAGAAGAAAGUUGCACUCAUUAUUAGAUUAAAAUUUUUAAUAAAGUUUUAUUGAUGCUUUAAGACUUUUGUUCCUGGUGUUUUUCCAUUUCAUGUGAAUGCACUAAAAAGUAUUUACCAUAAGUGCUUUUUUAUAUCUAUUAAUAGCUUUUAACGAAAGCAACAUUCUUUACUUGUUGUUUUAUGUUGAUCUGAAUGUAGUCUUUGUUUGAAAAUCAUUAAUUAAUUAAGCAAAUUUGCAGUAUGAAAGUAUGUGAUGUUUUUCAGCCAGAGCACAUAGCUAACUUUCCUGCUCAAAUGUUGAAGAUUUUGAUGUUAACACAAUAAAACCUAUAUGUAAAAUAAAGUACAUUUAAUUAGCUUUCAUAAUAUAAGUUUUUGUAUUUAGUUGUUUAUAAUAAAGUAUCUUGCCUCUUCUAAUCCGUGAGAGUUAGACAUGGGCUGUCAGAAUACAUAAUCAAAUUUUUCAACAAACAAAAGGAAAUUCAUGAUUUCUAGCUUAUUCUGCACAUAAAUAUUGCUCAUUAGUUUCUAUUAUGUCUAUUGUUCCAUGCAACGUUGUUGUAUGUUGAAGAAACCUUGGCCUUGAAAACAAGGAACAUUUUUUCUUUUUCAAGACCAAGUUGGUCCUGACUGUAAUCGGUGCCACCUUGCAAGAAUGCUCGUCCGACAAUGAAUCAGUUUCAAGCUUCUUGCAAAAUGUAUGAUGCCCUGUUUUAAAGAUUGUAUCCCCUCUUUUUUAUAGUACUUACUUACUAUAUGCGGGACUUACUAGAAUUUUUCAUUU